GUCCCAUUUCCGCGUGCUUUCGACCAAGCAAUCAAACAGCAGCAGCGGCAGCGGCAGCGGCAGGUGGUCGCCUUGUUGGAGUUUCCUUCGAAUUGAAUCCUUACCCUCAACCCUGCAUCUCUUUGCCCCAAUAAAGCAAAAGGAAAGAAAGGGGCACCACCAAGCGCAAGCCGCUUCUCUUCCUUUCCCCUCCCUCUCCGCCGUCUCCUCCCCUUUCCCUGCAGAUCCUCGAUCGCUCUUCUGCUCGAGGGCUCGACGCCCUUCCCUUCGUGAAGAACUUGUACGAUAUUCUGUGGAAUUCCACGGAAGAUGUCAAGUUCAUCUGAGAUGUCAGGGAAGAACGUUGAGACUUCUGAGCUACAGACAAUGGAAGAUGAGCAUGCAAGACUGGUGUUGCCAAGUGAAUCAAGAAUAUCCAAUUUUGACCCUCAACAGGUAGUUGAAAAAGCUACUUCGAGAUCGUAUAUCUGGUGGAUGAAAAUUCUCUUUUUCUGCUUUCUGUUGGUGGUACUUAGUUUCGUCUUCGUCAAAUGGGGACUACCGUUUGCUUUUGAGAAGGUUCUCCUGCCAAUUAUGGAGUGGGAAGCAACUGCUUUUGGGCGGCCUGUUCUUGCUUUGGUACUCAUUGGAUCCUUAGCUUUGUUCCCAGUUUUGUUAAUUCCUUCUGGGCCAUCCAUGUGGCUGGCAGGAAUGAUAUUUGGAUAUGGUCUUGGAUUUCUUAUAAUUAUGGUAGGAACUACCAUAGGCAUGGUGUUGCCUUAUUUUAUUGGCUUACUGUUUCGUGAACGGAUACAUGAAUGGUUGAAUAAAUGGCCUCAGCAGACUGCUAUACUUAGGCUGGCUGGGGAGGGAAGCUGGUUUCAUCAAUUUCGAGUCGUUGCGCUCUUUAGAAUUUCACCAUUUCCAUACACAAUCUUCAACUAUGCAGUAGUAGUGACAUGUAUAAAAUUUGGUCCUUAUCUCAGUGGCUCUAUCGCUGGAAUGAUACCUGAAGCUUUCAUCUAUAUUUAUAGCGGACGGUUGAUACGCACACUGGCAAAUAUGAAAUAUGGGAACUAUACCAUGACACCGGUGGAGAUAGUUUACAACAUCAUAUCCUUUGUCAUCGCCAUUGCAAUCACGAUUGCCUUCACAGUAUAUGCAAGGCGAGCUUUGGGUGAUCUCCGAAAGGCAGAAAGCAGCAUUAGUGGGGGCGACAACCUGAAUGGUACAGAUAUAAGAGGAGGAAUUGGCGGACUGACCCGCAAUCUUUAUCAGCGGAGUCAGGAGAAAGUUAUACAUGACGAUAGUGCAGGUAUACGAUGAACCGACGCAUCAUCGAGAAGGUUUGUUCUACAUGUCGCUCGGCAGGCAGGACCGGACUCGUACGUUAGCUCAAUCAGUGAGAUUAGAAAGCUGAGCAACCUGCGUUGUCUCUGCCAACUAAAAGCACAGAAGUGGGGGAUGGCCUCAUGGCGCACUCAUGUCAUGGAAGCACCACCUACUCGUGAUUCCCUUUUUGUGAUGGUUAGACACAUUGGCCAUUUACGUUGGAAACUUCUAAUACUGCCGACAAGGAAAUAGCAAGUUGUCCGUGGUAUUAUGAUAUCACAUGAAAGAGACAUCAGCAGCUCUUUUAUUGG